CUUCGUUGACUUUCUAUCAUUCUUCUAAUCGUUUGAAACCUCUUGAAAAGAGUGAUUGGCGUGGUAAUCUUAGUUGAUCUUUCCCUCCCUUCUCGUUUUUUUCUUCUUCUUUCUCCUAGAUCCCUUUGUUUCAUAUCCGCCUUCCUCUGGUUCUAACGGUUUUCUUAACCUCGGUUUAGAAGCUAAUCCGUUCUUUCGGUGUUUCUUGAUCUGCGACGCACGAGUUACUGUUUUUGCUAUAAUUGGAUAUGAGCUCAGUAUGUGGUGCGUUGGAUUACAAAGAUGCAGAGUCUCACCUUAAGAGCACUUCUGCUUCUAGUUCCAAUAAAUGUUGUAAUAAUGGCUCUGGUAAUGGAUCUGACGAUGCUCAAGAGUCUGGUGGGGAUGAUAGUGGUGGUUAUAUACACCAAUAUGUGAAUGAAGAGUCCAAAGACAUCACCAAACCCAUUCUCAAGUCUUCGGAUGAUGAUGAUGAUGACAUGAACCUUGCCACCGCUGAGAGUGUGACCGCUGUUACCGUCAUCCCAGCCAUUAAAGGCAGCCGAGAGAAGCAUGGCAAGUCCCUGGAGAAGCUGAGCGUGUCAUGGGCUGAAGAUGUGUAUGAUCCUCCACCCUCCCUUGUAUCUCACACGCGGAGCAAGAAACAGCAACCGCAGAAAUCAAAGAGCAGAGAUAGCUUGAAGAAGAAUGGAAAGAAGGGACAAAAGGGGAGCAGCAAUUCUUCAUCUUCAUCAUCCCGUGGCAGCAAAGACAAGAAAUCUUCUUCUUCUCGCAACAAACACAGUCGUGAUAAUAAGUUCGGAUGGGCCACACAAACGUCUAUUGUAGCCGCAUCUUCUUGAAUUGUCUGUGGCUUGAACAACGC